UUGUUGUCCUUUCUACGGGUACAUCGGACUGCAGUUUCUUUGUCGUCCUGGUAGCCUACGCCAAAACCUUCCAGUGGAAAUCUUUGGGUUUUUUUUUAAAGUGCAAGGUGGAGCUGCCCUCGUGCAGUGACCAGGCCAGGGCAAUAUCAUGGCAGAGGCAUUUGCAGGCUCACCUGAGGGGCCCAGCAGGUAUGACCUUCUAUUUUUGUCAAGUGAUGAAGACAAGCUAUGGACUGAGGAAAACCUUGUCAAGCCUCUAGAGAAAAGGGGAUACACAACAUGUCUGCCACAUCGGGACUUUACACCUGGUAUGCCAAAACUGAAUCUUCUACACGAUGCUCUUAAGAACAGUAUGCGAACUGUCCUUGUCAUCACACCUGAGUUUCUUGAGGAUUGGCAGUUCAAACAGGCACUGGAUCCAACUUUUAUAGAUGAGGGAAAGCUCAUUCCCUUCAUCUACAAAAGAUGUAACACAUUACCAGAGGCUCUUACAAAGGUGAUGCCCCUGGAGUACAAUGAGCAGGUGGACCCUUGCCUUCUUCUUGACAGGAUUGGCAAUUCAAUUGAACACAGAAAGAAAUCUGUUGAUACUCCUCGACGUGAUCGACCAAGGCCUGUAAGUGAAGUACUGUGGGAUGUGGUUGUAUAUGAACGUCUUCCUGGAUCUGUAGGAACAGAGAGCAACCGCAGAUACAGUGAAAGUGGAGAUUGGUCUGUAGAUGCCUUCUUCAACGACGUCGAUGGCUACCUACAGAGGCUUGACAGGAAGGAGGGCAGACCCUUCAUCAACAUAGAGACAGACAUCUGUGAAAACAUCAUUCCAGAGCAUCUUGUAAAGCCAGCUCUGUCCCACUUGUCCAACUAUGACAAGAGCCGCAUGGUGUUGUCCAAGCUUAGCUGCUAUCGAAGAAGCACAAAGAUAGUAAUGGUAGCACUAAUUGCUCUCAAUGAAUUGAUCCUCAAUGACCCUAUUGAAGGCAUAACAGCAAAUCGCAUCAAUGACUUUGAAAAGAUCCUGCGAGCAAAAGUCCAGCCAGCAUCCCUUCAUGCUCAAGCAACCAAAGAACAGCGACUGAGGUUGACAACAUACAGUAACCUUCUUCGUUGCAUCAUCUUGCAUCUUGCCCGGGGAAACUUAAAGACAGUUUUCUCACAGGAUGAUCUCUCAAAACUGGAAACCAUCAAGAGGGCCUUAGAAGAGGACUAUGAAGAUGACAAUCCACCAAGGUUGGACUUUGCUCUGACAUGCACAAUCCAAGCCCUGACAUGUGUGACAGAGCCACAAGAAAAAUUCCGGAAAAUCUGUCAAACAGUAGGUGAUAUCCUGAAAGAGGUUGAUUGCAUUACCAGGAGUCAGUCUGCAUCCAAACCUGACUGCUCAAGCCUAGGCAGCAAGAUUGAUAAAGCAGGGAUAUUUGACACUGGUGUUGCUGCUACUUAUCUCCUGCCAAAGAUCACAAGCACCCAUGCUCUAUUGUGCCUGAGAACUUUGCUCGACCACCACAUCCAGAAGUGCACCAAGGGCACAUUUUGGAAGAGGCAAACGAAGGCAAACAAGAAGCAAAAGGGAGCAGAGUGGAUACUAUACCACACAGCAGUUAUGUUUGUACGUGUUCUGAAGAACAAGGAUUGCCCCAAAGAACUGCGCACAUUGGCUGCAAAUGGUGACCGCAGUGUAGUUUCCAGUGAACAAGAUGGUGAAGGGCUGCUGUGUCUGGCAUCCUUUUGGUCCAACCAGCGUCUGAAAAACAUGCCUGGCUAUUCCAAAGUUCAGCCACUGAUCAACAAAGAAUGCAGGGAACUUGUGUACUGUGACAUUCCAGACAUUGCUAAUGCUCUCUCCAGACGUUUGCUGGUAAAGGACAACUGUCUUGAGGUGGAGAAACUGGUGACAGAGGUACAACCCAAGCACAUCCGCAGUCUUCACAGUACUAAAGGACUGGAAAUUGAGCGAGGUCCAAUACACACCUGCCACAACACUGUGAUAUAUCAUGGUACUAUGAGUGGAAACCACCAUGUUGUUGUCAAAGUUCCCCAACUACAGAGACUUGAAAAUCUACAGUGCACCGAAGACAUAGUUUCAGUGGACAGAAUCAGAAAUGAGAUUUUGAUGUUGAAGCAUCUCAGGCAUGAGAACAUCAUGCCCAUCUCUGGAUAUGUCCUAGCCAUUCCCCCAGUGCAUUACAUCACAGAGUUCAUGCACUAUGGCAACCUCCGACAAUAUCUAUGCAACAACAGAAGGUCCAUGUGGCCAGCUCAACAUCUGCUUGGUAUAGCUUCUGAUAUCCUACAGGCCCUUAUCUUCUUGGAAUCCCGGUCGAUAGUACAUCGCAAUAUCAGAGCAAGGAAAGUUCUCCUUGGGCAGAGUGGAAAUCGGAUGGCCAUCAAACUUACUGGGUUUGAGCUUGCCAGAGAAGUUGAACAGAAUUCCUCAUUCUAUCAUUUUGACAUGUACAGAGGAACAAAGAAUGAAGAGCUUCCAUUGAGGUGGUUGGCAGUUGAGUCCCUGGCCUACUGCCGCUACUCUGUCAAGUCAGACAUCUGGAUGUACGCUGUGGUGUUGUACGAGAUUUUCACAAUGGGCUGUGUUCCCUGGCAGGAGUUUGCAGCGCGGUCAUUUGAUGAAGUUCUUCAGAAUAUUGUUCACAGAAACCUCAGAAUGAAGAGGCCACCUUGCAUUCCAAAUGCAGUUUUCCAAGUCAUUCUGGAGUGCAUGAAUGUUGAAGACCGGUCUCGUCCCAGCUACUCUACUCUUGCUGAUAAGCUGGGACAGUUGCAUGAUCGCUAUCUUGAGUCCGCAGAUGUUGUCUAUGGUGAAAAACUGACAGCUCCACCUCCAAUUGUUCAGUCAAACAUGGCAGAUACAUCUCCAAUACCGACAAUUGCUGUGCCUGGAAGAGUGUUCAUACCAGAUCCUGUACCUGGAGUGUUUGAGUCUGACCCAGAAGAUGACGGGAUCUACAUAGACACGUUGCCCUACAGCACAGAAGAAAGUGUUUAUAAUGUGUACGAAGAUGUGGACAAGCAAGACAUGAUGCUGACAUCAGCUGUUGCUGCUGAAGACCAGCCUCAGCCCCAGAAAGAGAACCAGUUCAUGGAGGUAACUAGGUACAAUGAGAGAAAAACCCGGACUCUAAAAGACUUCAGGAGAGAAAUGAAGAAUCAGAACUCAACACUCAGAAUCGCCGACCUCCGACAGUCAAUCAAAGAAGGUUCCAUGACUAUGGUCACAGAGGGUACUAGGAUGGGAACAUUAGAGGACUGGUUGAUAAAGACAAAGGAGGAAGACCCGACUCACUAUGCACUACACAUUGCCAAAGCUCUGCAGGCAGUGCACAACAAAGGAUUUGUCCACUCAGACCUGCGCCUGGGUCAUGUAUUUCUUGAUGCAUCGCCGCAUGGAACUCGUGACAUUACGAUCAAGUUGGGACGGCUAUCUCGAGUAAAAAAGCUGCAACGCGGUGUUUAUGAUAUGAGUCUAUCAGAGAGCAUGUUUCAAGAUAUGGAUGGUUGUCCAACAGAUUCCAUACGCUGGUCUCCUGCUGAAGUCAUACAAUCAGGAACCUACUCCUUUGCUAGUGAUGUUUACAGCCUUGGAGUUGUGUUUUGGCAAAUGUACAUGGCAGGCCAGCUGUUGUCAUCUCAAGGAGCACAUGUUCGCUUGAUACCUCAUCAGCUUCUCAAGAAUGAGGACGUGCUCCUGUUUCUUGAAGGCAGUCACUUCUUACCAAAGCCACCAAACUGUCCAGACUGGAUGUACACCGUUAUGAAGAAAUGCUGGGCGUACCAGCUGUUGGAAAGGCCAGCUAUCCAGGAUGUGAUAGAGGUGCUGAACCACAGUGACCUUGGUAAUGCACUAUUCAGUUCAUGGAAACAGUCAUGUGAUCCACCUGACCUGUCGGAAAUCUAUGACCGUCCUUACGAGGGUGCCAGUGCUGAUUCCUGGUUGUCUGACAGAUCAGGGAUAGGACGAACUGCAAGUGCACGCAGCAAUGUUGAUCAACCUUCCCAUGGUACAGCCACUGAAAUGUCUAGGAGUAUGACAGACCUUCAAGACCAGAAUCCUCAUCAACGUGCACCUCCACCGUUUCCGCGAGACAACAGUCUGAACCUUCCAGAGCCUUUACCUCCCAGGGAUUAUGAAGGCCUGCUGUACCCAUAUGAGCAAUCUGAAGCCAGGCUGUCCGAAGACGAAUAUGAAAACCCGAAUCAGGAUCCAUAUGAAGACCCGGGCCCAGUCAUUCAUCAGAUAGAUCAAGAGCAAUCUGAAGCCAGGCUGUCGGGAGACGAAUAUGAAAACCCGGAUGAUGAGGAGUUCUAUGAAGACCCGGGCCCAGUCAUCCAUCAGAUAAAUCAAGCUUACUCUGAUAAGGUGGCAGUUUUGAGCUCGCACCAUCCACAAUAUAAUCUCAAGCUCUCUGUUGGAGAGGUUUUGACUGACCUUCAACAUCUGGGAAAUGGCUGGUGGAAAGGCACCUCUGCAGAAGGAAGAGGCCAAUUUAUGUCUGCAAAUGUGGAAUUCUUUGUUGAUGGCAGAGAUGCAUAUUCUGUGAACAAAGAAAUCCUGGAACAAGAUGUACAAUUGAAUCCAAAUCUCAAAGCGAGGGUUAUUCUAGACUAUACACCAGAUGAUGAGCUGACAAUUGUGGCUGGUGAAAUGGUCACUGUUGUAGAUGAAACAACUUCAGAUGAGGAUGGCUGGAUUAGAGUGAUGUCAAGUCGUGGAGAGGGAUUAGUACCAAAAUUAUGCCUUGCAAGUACCAUUAAGGAUACAACUUCGUCUCUGACUGCAUGCAACAUUGACUCAGACACAGAUGAUAUGUACGACUUUGCGGAUGUUCCAGGAGAAGAAGGCGUUUAUGAAGAGUGGUCCCCACCUCCAUCACAAGCACCAAGUGACCAGCGCUUCAGUAUCAACAUCAGUAUGAAAAAAACAGAGAAAAACGACAACUAUCGGCUGAUGGUGUCGAUGGCAGAUCCAGGUCGACUCAGUGUUGAGUACACCAAGAAUGGACAACUAAAGAAAUCAAGGGAUCAAUGUCUUGAAGCCGAUGUUGCUGCCCACAACAUGACAGAGGAGCAAAAAGACCACUACCAUCCUCUUGCAUAUGGCUGGAUGAUCAAGAGCAUGAAAAAAACAAUUGGCGCUCGAGAUAUCACCUUUUUGGACUGGGCAAGUACAGCUGCUAAUCCGAUGUUCCCAGCUGCUGUAGAAAAGGGCUCCAUCAUCUAUGGUCCCAGAGUAGGGAAUGGAGAGGAAGAUGGUCGACUUGUCCUAGUCUGCAUGUCUCCUUUCUAUGGGAAGAAAUGUGUAAGACAUGAAUGGUACAAAGAUGGUGAUUUGGUGUCUGAAGGUGUAGACCUUUGUAUGUUGUACGUCACUGAGCCCGGGGAAUACCGUUGCCACAUCAUCAGCUGUAGUGAUGACCGAGAGAUGGCAAUGUCUGAACCUGUGAAAGUUGUGCAAAUUUAUAGAGUUCCAGAGGAGUAUUUGAUUCCACCAAGUGCACUGCGGUUGAGGGUAGAUCCGAUUGGACGGGGUGCCUCUGCAACGGUAUUCAAGGCCAGCUGGAAGGGCACCAUUGUUGCUGCCAAAGAGUUGAAAGGUGUUCGGAUGAACCAGAUCAGGAACAAUGAGAUUGAAAUCAUGAGCAAACUACACCAUCCCAACAUUGUGUCUUUCUUUGGAGUAUGCUUCCGAGAGUCAGUGAUCAUUGUGACAGAGUUUGUCAAUGGAUAUGAUCUGAGCAAGGCUAUCGCUGACAAGAAGAAGUUCCCUCCAGGCUCCCAGGGCUACAUCGCCUACCAGCUUGGACAAGCACUGGAUUAUAUGCACCAGAGGAAGAUUGUUCAUCAAGAUGUGAAGCCAAGCAAUGUCUUGGUUGAUGAGAAAACCUAUGUCACAAAGUUGUCGGACUUUGGACUAGGAGACUUCAGGAGAACGCGUCAUUCUCUCACGAGAGAGACAGGGCUGCAAGGAACCAUCGGCUACAAACACAUUGAAAGCCUGGAAUCUACACAGUUACAGCCAGCCAGUGACGUUUAUGCAUUUGGUUGCGUUUUUUAUGAACUUUUCCUGGGUGAAGAAGUAUGGAAAGGUCUUAUGGACUGGCAUAUCGUGUCUAAGAUACAUAAGGGAGAAUAUCCAAGUUAUGACCAUAUGUCUGUACCUGAGGAAGUUCACAAUGUAUUGUCUCUGUGCUUCACUGAUGCUGAUAGGCGAGCAACUAUGUCAGAACUGCUACCCUAUGUGAAGAAGUUGGUUGGGCGAAAUUACAUUGUGGACUAGGAUUCGUAGAGAGUAUUCUAUGAAAAAGUGACAAAGGUACAAU